CUUCAGAACAUUUUCGUCGAAAUUAUUAAGAUCGUUAUUAUGUGAUAUAAAUUUCUAUCCCUUUACGUAUCAAUACUGAUUUAGGACGAAACAAGUUUACAGCAUGAAAACAAGUUUGUUUGUGUAUCAGGACAUUCGGACGUUGAGCUUUGAAUGGUUUAGACUCAAGUUUAGCUUAAUGUGUAUAAAAUUUCACGUGCUCAAGAUAUUAAAACUCAAGAAAUUAAAAUUGUGUUACGUAUAAGCGUUUUUCGCAUAAAUUAUUUCUGUAAUAAUACCAUUAGAUUGAAAUUUCGGGGAAAGGAAUAGGUUAGAAUAGAUUUGUGAUUUGAGAGCCAAAUACGGUAAAAUGAUAACGUCAUGAGUAACGGCGUGGGUGUAUGAAUACGUGGUAUAAUAUGAUACGGACUGCUUCGAUUUUAUAAUAGAUCGUAGUUUUAAACAAAUUUUUAUAACGAUGUACAAAGUUAUUGUUACCCUCUUUGUUAUCAUAUCCUUGAUACAAGGAGAAGAUUAUUACGAGAUUCUUGGUAUAAGCAGAUCAGCUGGUCAAGAUGAAAUUCGAAGGGCUUUCAAAAAGCUAGCUGUCGUCCAUCAUCCCGACAAAAACAGCGAUGACCCAAGCGCUCAUGAGAAGUUCAUCCGUUUAACAAUGGCUUAUGAGGUAUUGAAAGAUAAUGAUCUGAGAAGGAAAUAUGAUCUUUAUGGAGAAGAUGGUCUGGACAAUUUCAAUAAAAGACCAACUUAUCAUCCAUGGAGCUACUAUCAGAACAAUUUCGACAUAUAUGAAGACGACAAAUAUGUCAUCGCUGUGGAGAGAAACGAUUUUGAGAAUAUUAUCAACUCUGACUCAAGUUGGUUCGUGAAUUUCUACUCUCCGAGAUGCAGUCACUGUCACCACUCGGCUCCGACUUGGAAAGAAGUUGCCAAGCUGCUCGAUGGCGUUGUGAAAAUCGCGUCGUUUAAUUGUGAAUACGAUAGGCACUUCUGUCAUCAGGUCGGCGUCCGUGCCUAUCCUACGCAGCUUUAUUAUAAAAAGAAUUCGCAGCAUGGAAUACGCUACACGGGAGAGAAUACGCAAGUUGCUAUUAUGCGAUUUGCGUUGGACAGACUGGACAUCUACGUGCCGAAAAUAAGCGAUGUCCAGUGGAAGCGGUUCUUACGUGGCAAGGACAUCGUCGAGAGACCUAUGCUCAUCUUCACGUGCGGUGAUCACCAGAACUGUUUCAGUCCUGACGACAGACUUGUAGUAGCAGCUACAUUCGACAAACUGAUCGACGUAAAGGUAUUCACGUGCGCGGAUGGCAACUGCCACGACAACGUGUCUCGCAAUACGCACGCGGUAUACUUGCCAAUAUACAACGCGUCUUCCUGGGAGCCUGUGUUCUUCGACGGCUUGUCUGAUGUAAACGCGCUAGUAGAGAAACUCUUGGACCAUCUGCCAGCCCCACGAGAGCUGACCGACAAUGAUUUCACGAUUAUCAAGGGAACCGAAGCCGAUGUUGCUUGGCUCAUAUGCUUUUACCUCGGCGAUUCCGCGGCUAUAGAUCUGCAAAUGAGAAAAUUGUCUAUCAGCGGCGUUAAUUUGGGUAAGAUUCAUUGCGGCAGAAACGGUCAGCUUUGCAGCACGUUGGGCGUGAACCGUUAUCCGAUCUGGGGUAUGCUCAAGCCGGGCGGAGCGUUCGAGUUGGACCACGGAAAGAGCAGCAACAACGACAUUAUCAAAUUCGCGCAGCUCAGCGUGAAAACUACGAACGUUCAGGCUCUUACUCUGGAAGAAGCGGUAUCGAUAUUACAUAGGCACAACGGAGACGAAGUGUGGUUUCUGGAUUGGUACACACCCUGGUGUCCACCCUGCAUACAGUUUCUGAUGGAGCUGCGUAGGGCGUCGCUGGAAUUCGACGCGUCGAUCGUCCGUUUCGGUACCAUCGAUUGCACCGUCCACACUGCGUUGUGUCGUCAGCACAGCAUACAGUAUUAUCCGACUGCGAUGCUCGUAAACGGCAGCAGCACGCACCUAUUCACGAUACAGAAGACAGCCGCGAACGUGAUCCAAUUCAUUAACGAGAAAAGAAACCCGUCAGUUAUAGAAUUAACUUCGGAGAGCUUUCGUCGGAAGCUUGCGAGGAAGAAGAGCAAAGUCAUGUGGAUCGUCGAUUAUUUCGUAUCAUGGUGCGGUCCGUGCCAAAGAUUGGCGCCGGAAUGGGUAGCCGUUGCGAAAGCAUUGAGCAGUCUGCCAUUCGUUAACGUGGCCAGUGUGGAUUGCGAGGCCGAGGCUUCCUUGUGCUCGUUCCAAGGUGUGCAUUCUUACCCCAACAUCAGGAUGUAUCCGUUAGGCAGCGAAGGCCUCAGCACAGUCGCCUUGUACAACGGACAGCGAGAUUCGUGGUCCAUGUUAACGUGGAUUACGUCGUUCCUGCCGAAGAGGAUUCGCGAUUUGACUGCCUCCGAUUACCAGAGAGUGCUGGACAGCAAACACACGUGGAUCGUCGACUUUUACCUGCCGCACUGUUGGCCCUGCCAAAAGAUGGAACCUGAGCUUGCCAUCGCCUCUCACUUAGUGGAGAAAGUAAAAUUCGGAAGAAUCAACUGCAAUUUCUACGUGAACGAAUGCGCACACGUGAAAGUGUUUCCGACACUGGUGCUAUACGACCCCAAGCGGACGAGGAAAAAUGAUGGUGUGAAGAUUGACGCGACGACGGCUGCGGCAAUCAGGGAUAAGGUUUUACAGAUUACUAAUCCGCGCUUGGAACACGACGAACUGUAAUAGACGAGGUGCCUAAAUCGAAAUUAUUAAGCUUUUGUACUUAUCUGUAAUCGAUGUGUCGCUGUACACUGCCGUAACCGGUGCUUCUCACUUAUUGUGACGCGUUUCGUUCUUCCAAGAGAGAUGAAAGAGAAACCAGAUAGAGGUUUAGCCCUAUUGUGAUACUUUUAUAUUUGUAAGUACUGUUUAUGCAUUUGCAAGGUUCGUCUUGCAAUUUCUCUUAGAAAUGCAUUAUUAUAAAAAAAUGUAUAGUAUGGUAUAGUAGAGUUAAUAAGCAAAGUAUAUUCUUAUUUAUAUGCAUGUUGAAACUUGUUAAUAAUUUCUAAUGGACAAAUCACAAUAAAUUAAAACAAUGUCAAUUUGCAAACUGAAACUUAGUAUUCAAAUAAAGAUUCGAAUACUAAAUAUUUAAUUGUAAUUGUAUUUAAUUUUAAUUGAAUUUCUAAAGAGAAAUUACAAUUACUUCUGUAAUUAAAUCUUUUAAUCAUCAAAAUGAUAAAAAUUUUCUCAAAGUGAUUAAAUUUGUAUCAUUUUGAUUAAAUUUUUACAAUAAAAUUAUAUUUUGUAACACUCAAAGGUCCUGUUUCAGUUUGUACUUUAAGACGUGAAUCUCAUAAAUGUGAUCAUUGAUUAAUAUGAAAUAAAGCAAAUUUUUGAGAAAA